UACAGCCAGUCAGAUCAUUACUUAGAAAAAGAAACGAGGGAAAUGUGUUGGUAACGGUAUUGGUAUAGUGAAACUGUUAAAGAAUUGGCAGUGGCGUAUACAGUGAGAGUGUGUGUCUCGUUACUGAUAAGAACUGACAGUUAUAAAGUAAGCUUGCCGGAAGAUUUUCCUUUCAGCCAAUGCAGCCGUCCCACAGCAAACAACAGAGGAGAAAUCCACAUUGAUUGGAGGCAGCUGACUCAAAGACAUGACCGAAGUUCACAUUAGUGACACAUUAUUCAACUGUUGUGGUGACCAAGCAUUUCUUUUCGAAAGGCCUUCAAAAUGGGGGAUUAUGUUCGCUAAAUCUCCGCAGUAAACAGCUUUGUGUGUAGUGUGUGUGAGUGAUUACCGGCAGUGAGUUUUCCGAUCCAGAACAGUUUUCGUGUAGCUCUGGAGAAUGGAGCUGAGGAGUAGAGCUCGUGUCGCGGUGAUAGGGGCUGGGCCGGCAGGGCUUUGCGCCGCUCGACACAUUCUGUCAAGGCCCGAGACCUUUGAUCCACCCGUGGUGUAUGAAAUGACUGAUCAUUUGGGUGGGACCUGGUUCUAUGAGGAAAGAGUUGGCACAUAUGACAAUGGGUAUCCCAUCCACAGCAGUAUGUAUAGGGACCUCAGAACCAAUUUGCCUAAGGAGGUUAUGAUGUUCCCUGAUUUUCCCUUUGAUGACCACCUGCCUUCUUUUUUGCACCAUACAUCGGUUCAGCGGUAUUUGGAAAAAUACUGUGAGAGUUAUGAUAUUGCCCGUCAUAUCAAGUUCAACACCGCGGUGGAAAAGGUGAAGCCCGUCUCCAUGGAGACGGAGACGGGGGGAGCUGUGACGUGGGAGGUAAUUUCGCACCGCACAUGUGGAGACCGGAACACGCAGACAUUCGACUCAGUGUUCGUCUGCAACGGGCAUUACUCCGACCCCCACCUGCCCUACAUUCCUGGAAUAGAGCAUUUUAAAGGGAAAGUCUUACACAGCCACUCGUACCGCUGUCCAGAGGCCUUUGCCAACAAGUCCGUCGUGGUCUUGGGGGCCAGAGCAUCUGGUGUGGACAUUUCCAUUGAGUUAGUCCAAGCUAAUGCCCAGGUGAUUCUAAGUCAUAACACACCAACUAUGUCCUUACCUCUGCCUCUGGGUAUCCGGCAGGCUACCUCUGUUGUUGGGGUCUUGGAGGAUGGAUCUUUACAGUUCCAGGAUGGAUCAGUGACUCAGGCUGAUAUUCUUCUGUUCUGUACAGGAUACAACUUUAACUUCCCUUUCCUUUGUCCAUCAGAGCUAGGCCUGGACGUACAGGAUCUUUUUGUGACUCCGCUCUAUAAGUACUUGCUGCCUCCUGGCUUCCCGUCAAUUUUUUUUAUUGGCAUUAGCAAAAUUAUUUGCCCUUUCAUACAUUUUGACUGUCAGGUUCAGUUUGCUCUAGCUGUCCUGGAGGGUUCGGUAAAGCUGCCCACUCAGGAAGAGAUGGAGAAGGAGGUGCAGAGAGAGAUGCAAAAAAAACUAGACACAGGUGUGCAGGUGAAGCACUUGCUCAAUUUGGACAAGGAUCAGUGGGAUUAUUACCUGGAUCUGGCCAGGGUAGCCCGAUUCACACCACCUCAGCCAGUGUUUAAGAGUCUAUAUGAAGAGGUGGGCAGGCAGAGGAAGAAAGACCCACAGAAAUACAGACAGAUCAACUAUAGGCUCAUUGAUGCCACACAGUGGGAGCUUUUGGAAGCUUCACCAGAACAGACUGAUUGAGUUUAGCUAGUUUGAGGACAAAUGAAUUGCAUUACCGUUUUGCUGUCAUAUCUGAGAGGAAAAGAAAGUCUGUAUAAAAACUGAAUGAAGAAAAUUCUCUUAAUAAUUCUUAAUUAUACAAAAAUAUAGCGAUCAAAGUUAAUAUACACUCACUGGCCACUUUAUUAGGUACACCUGUUCAGCUGCUCCAUAAUGCAAAUAGCUAAUAAGGCAAGGUCAAGAUGAUCUGCUGAAGUUCAAACUGAACAUCAGAAUGGUGAAGAAAAGUGAUUUAAGUGACUCUGAACGUGGCAUGGUUGUUGGAGCCAGAUGGGCCUGUCUGAGUAUUUCAGAAACUGCUGAUCGACUGGAAUUUCAGUGCACAACCAUUUAUAGGGUUUACAGAGAAUGGUCCGAAAAAGAGAAAAUAUCCAGUUCUGUGGACGAAAAUGUCUUGUUGAUGCCAGAGGUCAGAGGAGAAUGGCCAGACUGGUUAGAGCUGAUAGAAAGGCAACGCUAACUCAAAUAACCACUCGUUACAACUGAGGUCUGCAGAAGAGCAUCUCUGAAUGCAAACACAUCAAACCUUGAAGCAGAUGGGCUACAGCAGCAGAAGACUACACCGGGUGCCACUCCUGCCAGCUAAGAACAGGAAAUUGAGGCUACAACUGGCACGGGCUCAACAAAAUUGGACAAUAGAAGAUUGGGAAAACAUUGCCUGGCCUGAUCAGUCUUGAUUUCUGUUGCAACAUUCAGAUGGCACGGUCAGAGUUUGUCAUAAACAACAAGAAAGCAUGGAUCCAUCCUUGCUUGUAUCAACGGUUCAGGCUUGUGCCACACUUUGGGCCCCUAGUACCAAUUAAGCAUUGUUUAAAUGCCACAGCCUUCCUGAGUAUUGUUGUUGACCAUGUCCAUCUCUUUAUGACCACAUCUUCUAAUGGCUACUUCCAGCAGGAUAAUGUACCAUGUCUCAAAGCUCAAAUCAUCUCAAGCUGGUUUCAUCAUGUCAAUAUGGACCAAAAUCUUUGAGGAAUGUUUUCACCACCUUGAUGAAUCUAUGCCACAAAGAAUUAAGGCAGUUCUGAAGGCAAAAUGAUGUCCAACCUUGUACAAGCAAGGUGUACCUAAUAAAGUGGCCGGUGUGUGUGUCAUAUUUUUCCUUUAUUAUUAGCAUAACAAACAGAAAUAAAAUAAUAGCAUUGACUGAAGUUAAAUUGAAACAUUUGAUUUGAAAAUCUUAUAUUUUUCUUUUGCUUUAAUGACAGCAUACAAGCUGCAUGAACUCCACGAGUAAUACACUAGCUUCACUUAAUAGAUCCUGACUAAAAAAAAUAAAUAAAUCAUUAGGGGGAAAAUUUGCCUUAACUGACCUAUAUACAUAUGUACGUAAAUGGGUCAAUGACAUAACACUCCUUUUUUUUCUGUCUAUAGGUAUCUCCAGAGAUUAUAAAAAAUAAUUUGGUCUCAUUAAAAGGCCAAUAUUGCUAGAAAAGAAAUGUUGGCAUAAAUAUUUUUUUCAUAAUCUUUUAGUGAAACCAUUUUGUUGAUAGUGUAAAAUAUUUACUGUUUACUUGAUGGCAACUUGAUUUUUAAUUUUCUUUUUUACUGUAUGAUCCUGCAAAAUAAAAUUAUUUCUGAUGUUUUUUCAA